AUGGAUAUUGUCUUGGAAAUCGCCGACACCUUCCUUCUUGACCGGUUCUACGCGGCCGCAUUCCCCAAGGAUGGCAAAUUCGCCAAUUUUGUCCAGAAUACUUUCCUCACUUCCAUCAAUAAUGGAACCGCCGUAGCUAGUCCCUCGUGGCCAGCACCAGUGACCUAUUUGGCCAGCGUGGCUUCCAAAUGGCAGAACAAGAACGAAAUAUACGGCCUGGUGCCACCACUUUACUUCGAGCUCUCUCAGUAUGCUGACUCCUCGUUUCUUUCCAGAGGUAACUUGUUGAGAGAAAGUUUGUCUAUUCUCGCAAUCACCAUUCUCUUUGGCUGGACUUUGUACUUUGUCGUGGCCACCUUGUCUUACUACUUUGUUUUCGACACCAAGAUAUUCAACCAUCCAAGAUACUUGAAGAACCAGGUGGCGCUUGAGAUCUGGCAAGCUUUCACAUCGAUUCCGGUGAUGGUGAUGCUUACCGCUCCAUUUUUCCUUUUGGAAUUAAAUGGCUACUCCAGAUUGUACUAUAAUGUCAACAAGCUGACAGGCGGAUGGACUGCUGUCGCUUACCAAAUUCCUCAGUUCAUUCUCUUCACCGAUUGUGGAAUCUACUUCAUCCACCGGUGGUUACACUGGCCCUCCGUGUACAAGAAGUUGCACAAGCCCCACCAUAAGUGGAUCGUGUGUACUCCAUUUGCUUCACAUGCAUUCCACCCAGUGGACGGAUGGGCACAGUCGUUGCCAUACCACCUUUUCCCCUUGGUCUUCCCAUUGCACAAGGUGUCGUAUUUGUUUUUGUUCGUUUUCGUCAACUUUUGGACAGUGAUGAUCCACGAUGGUAACUACAUGUCCAACGACCCCGUGGUGAACGGAACUGCUUGCCACACCGUGCACCACUUGUACUUCAACUACAACUACGGCCAGUUCACCACGUUGUGGGACCGUUUGGGCAAUUCCUACCGUAGACCAGAUGACUCGUUGUUUGCACGGAACACCGAUAAAUCCACCGAUGAGAAAGUGUGGAAGGACCAGACACAGAAGAUGGAAGUGAUCAGAGGAGAGCUUGAGGGUAAGAACGAUGAUAGAGUCUACAUUUAG